GGGAGAGAGUGUUGUGUUUUCCAACACACAAAAAAACAUAGAAAAGCAAACGAAUAAGAAGAACCAACCAACCCAUUAUUAAAGCGUUCUCCCAGUUGGAGGGAUCAAUCUCUCUUGCCCAUCUUCCGGGGCGUUCAUCUUUCUGAAUGGAGGUUCUGGACGAGGAGGCAAAGAGAGCUGGAGAUCAUAUGACAUCAGCAGCAGCUUUUGUGGAAGGAGGAAUACAAGAGGCUAAUGAUGAUGCUUGCAGCAUAUGCCUGGAGGAGUUCUGCGACAGCGAUCCUUCAACGGUCACUUGUUGCAAGCAUGAGUUUCACCUUCAGUGCAUUCUUGAAUGGUGUCAGAGAAGCUCUCAGUGUCCCAUGUGCUGGCAGCCAAUCAGCCUGAAGGAUUCUUCCAGUCAGGAGCUGCUGGAGGCAGUGGUGCGAGAAAGGAACAUUAGGCUCACUCCAAGAAAUCCAACAAUAUUUCAUCAUCCGGCCCUCGGUGAUUUUGAGCUGCAGCAUUUACCCGUCGGUGCAAAUGAUGCUGAACUUGAAGAGCGCAUAAUCCAACACUUGGCAGCUGCUGCUGCAAUGGGAAGGGCCCACCACCUCAGCAGGCGGGAAGGCCAUAGGGGACGACCGUCUGGUCAUGGCCGUCCUCAUUUCUUGGUCUUCUCUGCUCAUCCUAACGGUGCUCACUCUGGUCCCGUCUCUGGUUCAUUGGUACAGGUAGAAGGGGAAAGUCAGCCAGCGGCUGUUGCUCGUCCAUCAGUACCACUCGAAUCCACUGGUGACGAUUCACCUCGGCAGAUUUUGAUUCAAACUGAUCAAGUUUCUUCUUCUGCCUCUGGGUCUCCUCUUACUCCCACAAAUAGACAAGGGAUAUCCCUUCACAGUCGGAGCUCUGCUGGUCACCCUUCUUCUCCAUCUCAGGAUAGGGCAGGCCCAUCAGAAUUUCAAACGCUUUCAGACUCUCUAAAAUCUAAAUGGAAUGCAGUCUCAAUGAGGUAUAAAGAGUCCCUUUCAAAAAGCACCAAGGGUUGGAGGGAGCGGUUUUUUCCCCGUCACACUUCUGUGGCUGAUCAUAAUACUGAAGUUAGAAGGGAAGUGAUUGCGGGAAUUAACGAUGUGCCUCACAUGAUGGGAAACCUUGAAAUCAGGGACAACAGUGAUGGUAAUGGUAGUACUGAAUCAUCAAACCAGUCUGCCGAUUAUUCAGCUGAUGAGGCUGCCAACCAGAGCAGUGCAGAGAACCGAGAAGUAAAUCCAUCAAAUGAAGUCAAUUCAUCUGCUGCCGGUACUGCUGGUUCUGUGUCCAUCUAGUUUGUCAAUCCAUCAGGAGUUGCAUCAUCCUCGACAUGUCAUAUCUGUAGGACGAGUAUAGUCCCAGAUAUGACAUGCCGAGGACCAGAUGCUUUGGGUCAGAAGUCGGGCGAGGUCCUUGCCAUCUUGAAUGGAUAAGAGAGGGAAAGAGUUUGAUGUGGACUGGCACUCAUAAUGGGUACAUCUAUGUAAAUCUUGUUUAUGUGCAUGAAACUCAGAAGAUUAUAUAUGCCUAUUAUGCUGCCAUUUUGGAGGGUAAUUUCUCAUUUAUAUAUGGAAUACACAUAUAUAGUUGAAUA